AUGGAGGAGAUGUCUCCGGCGGUCACGGUGCCAUUUAGAGUAGGUAACUCAGUUUGUGAUAACCCAAACAUAGCUACCCACAUGGAUGUCACAAGACUUAAGCUAAUGACAGACACGGCGGGGUUGCUAUCUGAUUCUGUCACCAGGGGUUCCAGUGAGACGGUUGCAGCUGGUGAAGAGGAUUGUAAUUGUAGUUAUUUGGAGAAUGAAAUUAGUUUUGUAGAAGUUUCAGUGCCAAAAGAGGACGAGGAAGGAGAAGCUCCUUUGUUGGAUAUGAUAUCUCAAGACGGAAGCAAUUGGGUUUCUGCUGCUGAUGUGAUAGCUCGGGAAAGUGAGGAAGAUGAUUCCUUAUCAUUGGAAGGCGAUCAGAUUCUUGAUAGCUCUUGUUCACUCUCUGUGGCUAGUGAGUCAAGUAGCUUAUGUUUAGAAGACUUCCUCGUUUAUGAGGCUAGUCCUGACAUAGGGACACUGACUUCUGUAGACGUUGAGAAGGGCAUUUUCUGUGUUGAUGUUGCAAAGGCUUCAGAUUUGGGUGAUUCAAAAGUUGAGACAGAGAUCACAACCGACCCCCUUGCUAUGACGGUGAGCCUAGAGGAAGAAAAUCGUGAUGGGUCUGACCCAAAGCCAUCUGAAGUUGUUCAAUUGCCUGUGGAAACAGUGGUCAGAGAAACAGUAAGCCGCAGUGUUUUUGAGGUAGACUAUGUACCACUUUGGGGGUUUACGUCCAUGAUUGGAAGAAGACCAGAGAUGGAAGACGCACUUGCCACUGUACCUCAACUUUUAAAAAUUCCAAUUCAAAUGCUGAUUGGCGACCGGGUACUUGAUGGCAUGAGCAAGUGUUUAAACCAGACUGUUCAUUUCUUUGGAGUCUAUGAUGGUCAUGGAGGCUCUCAGGUUGCAAACUAUUGUCGUGAUCGUGUACAUUUGGCUUUGGUUGAAGAGAUAGAGUCCGUUAAGGAAGGCCUUAUUCAUGAAAGUGUCAAAGACAAUUGCCAAGAGCAAUGGAGAAAAGCAUUUACCAAUUGUUUUCAUAAGGUUGAUGCUGAAGUUGGAGGGAAGGCUAGUCUUGAGCCUGUUGCCCCGGAAACUGUUGGUUCCACUGCUGUUGUUGCCCUUAUUUGUUCGUCUCAUAUAAUAGUAGCAAACUGUGGAGAUUCAAGAGCAGUUCUGUGUCGUGGUAAAGAACCCAUGGCAUUAUCAGUGGAUCAUAAACCAAAUCGGGAAGAUGAAUAUGCAAGGAUUGAGGCAGCUGGGGGCAAGGUCAUACAAUGGAAUGGGCAUCGUGUUUUUGGUGUUCUUGCUAUGUCGAGGUCUAUAGGCGAUAGAUAUUUAAAACCGUGGAUCAUUCCAGAACCAGAAGUGAUGUUUAUUCCUCGAACAAAAGAUGACGAAUGCCUCAUUUUAGCCAGUGAUGGUUUAUGGGAUGUUAUGUCAAAUGAAGAAGUGUGUGACCUUGCUCGGAGACGAAUACUUCUAUGGCACAAGAAGAAUGGCGUUACUCCACUUCCGCUGGAAAGAGGCGAAGGAAUCGAUCCCGCAGCUCAGGCAGCUGCGGAGUUGCUUUCGAACCGUGCUCUUCAAAAAGGAAGUAAGGACAACAUUACUGUAAUCGUGGUGGAUUUGAAAGCUCAAAGGAAGUUUAAAAGCAAAACAUGA